CUCACAUGUACGAUAGUAACAACCGAGGCGGUGAAUCAAGCCCGCGGACUAGAGAAGUACCGAAGCGAACACAACACGGCGGCGGCUCUGACACUCUCGGAAGUUAAACAUGUCGUUUGGAGCACAAACCGGCGUUUUUGCGACAGAAUGCACAGGAGGAGAGUUUAGUUCGUCCUCUUUCAUCGGCGGAGUUUCAAUGAAAAGUCUCCAACCUGUCACACGGCGCACAGUCUGACUGUAACAGUCGCAGUUUUACAGAUUCAUGAAGACGGGCUUGAUAUAGAAACACGGCGCCGGCGGUUUCACAUGGUCGUUUGGUGGAUGCGUUUACUUUCCGUUUUCAAUAGUUUAUCGUUGCAUUUCUUGACUGCUUCAAGCGCACUUGCUUGCUCAGGAUGCAUGUGAAGAAACCGACGACCUCGGAAGACCCUCAGCGGGUUGACAUGAAGAAAAAGAUUUCAUGCUUUUCAAAUAUUAAGAUAUUCUUAGUAGCGGAAUGCGCUUUGAUGUUGGCACAGGGCACGGUGGGCGCAUACCUGUUAAGUGUGCUGACCACACUGGAGCGCCGUUUCAAUCUUCAGAGCGCUGAUGUGGGCGUCAUUGCCAGCAGCUUUGAGAUCGGCAACCUGGCCCUCAUUUUAUUCGUAAGUUAUUUCGGUGCCAAAGCCCACCGUCCUCGAUUAAUUGGAUGUGGGGGCAUCAUCAUGGCCCUGGGAGCGCUGCUGUCUGCAUUACCCGAGUUCCUCGCCGGUCAAUACAAGAUCAUAGACUCUUGGAGCAAAGAUCUGGGCCGAGAUGUGUGUUCCAAUACCUCCAAAGCAGAGGAACUGUGUGGGAACAGAGCCAACACCAACAUGAUGUACCUGCUUCUGAUCGGAGCACAGGUCCUGCUGGGAAUCGGGGCCACACCCGUGCAGCCUUUGGGUGUGUCCUACAUAGACGAUCACGUACGAAAGAAAGACUCGUCUCUGUAUAUAGGUAUACUUUUUUCCACACUGGUAUUUGGACCUGCUUGUGGUUUUAUCCUGGGUUCUGUCUGUACCAACUUUUAUGUGGAUGCUUUGUUCAUCGACACAACUAAACUAGCUAUCAGUCCUGAUGACCCCCGCUGGAUCGGUGCAUGGUGGGGCGGCUUCCUCCUCUGCGCCGUCUUACUCUUCUUCUCCUCCCUCUUCAUGUUCGGUUUCCCCCAAUCACUGCCAGGCAAGGAGGUGGAAGGAGGAGCUGAGAGUGAACAGGCCAUGCUGCCCUCCUGUUUACCCCAGGAUCAUGAGAAAUCCAAACCCAGCAAUGGAGUCCUGAAGAACGACCAGCCCAACAACAGCAGCUUGUCCUGCUGGCAACAGCUCAGAGUUAUACCCAAGGUGACUAAGCACCUGCUGUCAAACCCGGUGUUCACGUGCAUCGUGUUAGCUGCCUGUAUGGAGAUUGCAGUCGUCGCUGGGUUUGCUGCCUUCCUUGGCAAAUAUCUGGAGCAGCAGUUUAACCUCACCACCUCUUCUGCUAAUCAACUGUUAGGUAUGACAGCGAUCCCAUGCGCCUGUCUGGGUAUAUUUCUGGGAGGAUUGCUGGUGAAGAAGCUGAACCUGAGUGCUCUUGGAGCUAUAUGUAUGGCCAUGCUGGUCAAUCUCAUCUCCACCGCCUGUUACGUGUCCUUUCUCUACCUGGGCUGUGACACAGGACCUGUCGCUGGGGUGAACUUCCCCUAUGGCAACGAGACAUUCCAAGUAGGCCAGAGGCCGGAACACCCCUGCAUGAGUCAUUGUAACUGCUACACUUCAUCUAUUAGCCCCGUUUGCGGCUCCAACGGCGUGACCUACUUGUCGUCCUGUUUGGCCGGCUGCACCAGAGCCAUCCGCACUGGACCACAAUCUUCUCUCUCGCAGAACCUGACCGGUUGUGCGUGCAUCUCUGGAUACAGUGACUUUGCAACGGCUGUGCCUGGCAAAUGUCCACGGCCCGGCUGCCAGGAGGCCUUCCUCACCUUCCUGUGUGUGAUCUGUGCCUGCAGUAUGAUUGGAGCCAUGGCCCAGACCCCCUCUGUUAUCAUCCUCAUCAGAACCGUGAGCCCUGAGCUGAAGUCUUACGCCCUUGGAGUUCUUUUUCUGUUGCUCCGGUUGUUAGGAUUCAUUCCCCCACCUUUGAUAUUUGGCACGGGGAUCGACUCCACAUGCCUUUUCUGGAGCACAGAGUGUGGGGAAAAAGGUGCCUGUCUGCUGUACGACAACGUGACCUACCGACACCUGUAUGUCAGCAUGGCCAUUGUUCUCAAGGUGGUGGCGUUUAUCCUCUACGCGAUCACCUGGCAAUGCUUGCGGAGAAACUACAAUAAAUAUAUUAAAAACUUUGAGGCAUACGUCACCCCCUCUGAAAUGUUCUCGUCCAGCGUGAAUCUGGACAGUUUGGGAAAAGACAGUCAAAACCAAGACAUCAGGACUAAGUUUAUAUAUAACCUGGAGGAUCAUGAGUGGUGCGAGAACAUCGAAUCUGUUUUAUAGUGGGUUGAAGUGCUGUAUUUCUGCUGAAGGAUUGUGUUUCGUCCAGUAUGUAUGGGACUGUUGCAUUACUCGCAAUUCACGCACACCGUUCUACUAGGUCCAUCUUGUUUUAAGAAGUACUUUCAACGAAGGUAUGUGUUCAGUGCCAGUACAAUGUUGUACGUAUUUGAGCGUCUUAUUUACUGUUAGAUUCAUUGACUUGUUUGCUCAACUCCACUCAGCUGCGCUGUUGUCAUACUAAAAGGCAAACACAAAAUAACUUUACACAUUUUUUAUUUUAUGUUAAAAGGUAAAAACAAGCCUAAGUCCAUUAUUAUUAUGGGGAAGAUGUCGAUACUGUAUGUCACAACAUGACCAAGCAGAUCAUUGAAAAUAUAAUAAUAUAAAAUGCAGUGUAUACUGCAAUUCUAUACUAUAUAUGAAAACAAUUUCAGUUAUGUGUCAAAACAUUCACCUAAAUCACUUUCUGAAGUGUUUGAGAAAUGUGCUUUUCUUUUUAAGUGCUUUUUCAGCAUUUUUCUUCUCUUUUUUUAUUUCGUUUAUUAAGCCCUAAAAUGUCUUAAUUUCGAAAGGUUUUUGAGAAGAUCAUGUUUAUUGUUACUAUCUUUUAUAUUUGUGCAAUAGUGGGAGAAUCUUUGGGGGGAAAAGCAAGACAUGUUUUUCUCUGACGUAAUAUAUAUUUGUCAUUAGAUUUUUUUGGGGGGGAUGUUGAACACAAACAGAUGUUUUAGUUUACAAAGGGUUUAUCCAUAGUUCUAUAACUGUUAUGAUUAUGAGAAUGCCUCUAUAUACAGAUUACUAUAUUGAAAUGUAAUGGAGUAGUCUGUAGAAAUAUUGUGUCAUGACUGAAAGAGAACGAAGAAAAAAAUUUGUUUUAUUAAGUGGCAUAUAUGAGUAAUGUUCUCAUCUUCCGGUCCUCACUUUAGAGCAAAUAACAUGGUGUUAUGAGGAUCAGGAUAGGCCCUGGUAUUUACACAGACAAAAAAAGUUUGAGAAUGGAAUUUUAUACGGUUGUAAUGUUACAUGUAAAAUAUGUUAAGUAACUUUAUGGAUUUUAUGGAUUGAGAUUUAAAGAUUUUAUUUCACUUACUGAAAUUAUAUAUGACACUGUGGGUUCUUUAGAAGAUUAGAAAUAGUGGUGUAAGUCACAUUGGGAUCACAACUGUUUAUAAAGGUUUCAUAAUUUCAACUUUAUAUACAAUUUUCUCUAAAAUGUAAUAGCACAUCAGACUUGUUUUACAGGCAAAGAUGUCACUCCGGUUAAAGCAGUGUGCUUUUCAUAUCAUUUUUAAUGGCAAAAUAACUUUUAUUUUAUCUUGCAAAUAAAUUAUUUUUCAGAGUA